UUUCCGCCUCCCCAGCCUGCCUGGGAGCUGGAUUUUGGUGGUCUGAGCAGCAAACGUAGCCGCAGGAGCCCGGAGCCCCGGCCCCUUCCCACCUUGCAGCGCCCACCAGGAGGACAAGGAAAGCAGACGCUGCCGACCUGCCCUGGGUGCCCCUCCCAGCCUCCGGAGGGGCCCGAUCCGCCUUCUCCUGGAUGACUGCUGAGGCUGGACACCGCUGUCUGGAUGUAGCGGGCUCCAGGAUCCGUCUCUGUCUGCGGAUUUGUCCUCCCCGCUAGCCACAGCCGGGACUUGGGGGCUGGCUGAAGGGCCUGCAGCUACUGGAGUCCUGAUGCCUCAAAGCUCACUUUUCUGAAGCGCCUUCGCCACCAGCACCCAGAGUUGGGGGUAAUAGGCAGCAGGGACCGACGUGGGCCCGAGAGAGCCCAGCGGGCCUGCAGGCCCAGGCCACCAUGGCUCCGGCCCUACCCUGGCUCCUGCUGUGGGUGGGCUCAGGCGUGCUGCCCGCCCACUGCACCCCAUACGGCAUUCGGCUGCCUCUGCGGAGCGGGCUAGGUGGGUCCCCCCUGGGGCUCCGGCUGCCCCGGGACACUGAUGAGGACCUGGAGGAGCCCAACCAGAGGGGCAGCUUUGUGGAGAUGGUGGACAACUUAAGGGGCAAGUCGGGCCAGGGCUACUACGUGGAGAUGGCUGUGGGCAGCCCCCCACAGACGCUCAACAUCCUGGUGGACACAGGCAGCAGUAACUUUGCAGUGGGAGCUGCUCCCCACCCCUUCCUGCAUCGCUACUACCAGAGGCAGCUGUCCAGCACAUAUCGGGACCUCCGGAAGGGUGUGUAUGUGCCCUAUACCCAGGGCAAAUGGGAGGGGGAGCUGGGCACCGACCUGGUGAGCAUCCCCCACGGCCCCAACGUUACCGUGCGUGCCAACAUUGCUGCCAUCACUGAAUCAGACAAGUUCUUCAUCAAUGGCUCCAACUGGGAGGGCAUCCUGGGGCUGGCUUAUGCAGAGAUUGCCAGGCCCGACGACUCCCUGGAGCCCUUCUUUGACUCCUUGGUUAAGCAGACCCACGUUCCCAACCUCUUCUCUCUGCAGCUCUGUGGGGCUGGUUUCCCCCUCAACCAGUCAGAGGUGCUGGCCUCAGUUGGAGGGAGCAUGAUCAUCGGGGGUAUCGACCACUCACUGUACACAGGCAGUCUCUGGUACACUCCUAUCCGGCGUGAGUGGUAUUAUGAGGUGAUCAUUGUGCGCGUGGAGAUCAAUGGACAGGAUCUGAAAAUGGACUGCAAGGAGUACAACUACGACAAGAGUAUCGUGGACAGCGGCACCACCAACCUCCGUUUGCCCAAGAAAGUGUUUGAAGCUGCAGUCAAAUCCAUAAAGGCAGCCUCCUCGACGGAGAAGUUCCCAGACGGUUUCUGGUUAGGGGAACAGCUGGUGUGCUGGCAAGCAGGCACUACCCCUUGGAACAUUUUCCCAGUCAUCUCACUCUACCUAAUGGGCGAGGUCACCAAUCAGUCCUUCCGCAUCACUAUUCUUCCACAGCAAUACCUCCGGCCAGUGGAAGAUGUGGCCACCUCCCAGGACGACUGCUACAAGUUUGCCAUCUCGCAGUCGUCCACGGGCACCGUCAUGGGAGCUGUCAUCAUGGAGGGCUUCUACGUUGUGUUUGAUCGGGCCCGGAAACGCGUUGGUUUUGCUGUCAGCGCUUGCCAUGUGCACGACGAGUUUAGGACGGCAGCUGUGGAAGGUCCGUUUGUCAUGCCAGACAUGGAAGACUGUGGCUACAACAUCCCACAGACGGACGAAUCAACCCUCAUGACCAUAGCCUACGUCAUGGCUGCCAUCUGCGCCCUCUUCAUGCUGCCACUCUGCCUCAUGGUAUGUCAGUGGCGUUGCCUCCGCUGCCUUCGCCAUCAGCAUGAUGACUUUGCUGAUGACAUCUCCCUGCUGAAGUGAAGGGUCCACGGGCACACGAUGAACAUUCCCCGGGACCACAUCUGGGUGGUUCAACUUGGUCACAAGUAGGAGACACCGAUGACACGUGUGGCCAGAGCACCUCAGGACCCUCAUCCACCCACCAAAUGCCUCUGCCUUGACAGAAAAGGACAAGCUGGCAAGGUGGGUUAUGGGAAUUGCACCCCGUGAAACAGGAGAGGGAAGAAAGAAGUGCUCUGAUGGCGGGGAUACUCUUGGUCACCUCAAACUUGAGUUGGGAAAUAAUGCUGCUUGAAACUUUAUCCUGAAUUCUUUGCCCACCAUCCCUUUAGAAUCUUCUUUUCUUAGUUCCAGGUACUGGCUUCACUUCCAGGUUGACCCAGUGUGUGUUUCUGUGGUACCCUGGCAGUGAAAGGGCCAAUCGUGUGUCCUUGCUGGCCAAGGUCAGUAGAAGACACAGUUUGCUGUGUGCUUUAGAGGCUUUAGAAACAAGCCUAACAUUGGUGCAAAGAUUGCCUCUUGAAUU